AUGGCCAGCUCAAACGUUCUAGCCCUGGUGGUGCUAAUGGUAUUGUUCUUGACCUCCACCAUGGCACAAUCUCCAACCUCCUCUCCAGCUUCUUCUCCCACAAAAUCUCCAGUGCCACCAGCCAGCACCCCCACAUCUGCACCACCACCUACUGCUACUUCUAGCCCUCCUGCCUCUCCACCUGCACCCAAGAAGAGCCCCACCACUCCUCCUGCGGCAUCUCCACCAUCUCCCACAACCGUCAGCUCUCCUCCUCCAGCAUCCAGCAUCCCUCCUUCCAGCAUCUCCAGCUCACCAUCUGAUGCUCCUGGUCCAUCUGCUAACGAUGCCGUUUUGAAUAGAGUUACUGUUGGUGGAUCUUGGCUUGCUGGUCUCUUCGCUGCCGUUUUGGUGAUUUAG